AAUUACUCUCGGUACCCAUUUGCACCCCUAAAAAUCAAACCAACUCCACCACCAGACCAGCGGUGUUCCUUGUUCCAUUUAGCGUUGUUCGCCUCUGCGAUUUCCCAAUUUGGGAAUUCGAGAAGGGGGUGAUUUAGGGAUUGAAUUGUUUGAUGAUCAGAUUCAUUGUUACCUACCAAAAGGGUUUGGCAGACCAUUUUAGUUUUUGGGUUCCAAGACCAAAAGUGAGAGAUUUGAGCUUGAACUGCUGAUCAGGUGAGGAAGGACAUGACAGCUCUUGCACCAUGUAGCAUGAAAAUUAAGGUGGUAGCACCUCCAAAGAGAAAGUACCGUGCUUGGAUGGAAAGGCCUAUAUUGGUGUCACUGAGCACAUUCCAGCAAUGACCAUUCUUUUAUAUUUGAUUUAUCUUGAACUUUUCUUUGAUAUUAUUUAUAUUAACCAUAGAAAUUGUUGGAUGAUGAAUUUGAAUUUUCUAUAAAAGGAUUUAAGAGGAUAGACUCCCAAAAUAGAAAAUGUGUGGAUUCCCUCGUAUGCUCGAGGAAUAAAAUAGAGGCUAAGGGUUUACUAAGUUGGUUGUGACUUGUAAAAGAUCAUAUCAGGAUCAGGUUGUAAGUUGAACAAAUCUGUAGAUACAUUGCAUAUAAAAUGACCAGCUCUUCCAUUUUCAUGAAUUCUUGGAGUGUUUUGUUCAGGUGGUAUGAUUCUAGUAUAAAUUUGACUGUUGGUUUGCUUAAUGUAGAUGUGGAUAUCUAAGCCAGAGUAUGUAGAAUUUGGUCCAUCCAUUUGUCCACGGUAACUUACUGCACAUGUGAUUGGAUUGUUUUUUCCCCCUCUUGGCUUCUGUGGUUCAUUUGUCAUGUGAGAUUUGGUGGAAACUUGUAUGGACCCUAAUGGAUCAGCACUGGAAACACUUAGACCAACAACUUUAUUCAUGGGAGAGGAUAACAGCAACAGGCAAACCUUGGAGCUGAAAUUCUGAGUACAGAAGCACAUUUGCAUUAGGUAGAGUCUUUGCCUUCUUGUCUGUUUAUUAUGGAGCUGGGCAACUAGAUACAAGAUGGUAUGGUGAACAAAAUGCUAGUAGAGGCUGCUGUUGCUGUUCAAGCAGGUGUUUGCAUGGACAUUUUUGCUAUUACAAAUGAGUAUACAGAUCUGGCGUCUUUGAAGUUUCUUAGUGUAGAGCGUGGAUAUCCAUAUACUGAUGUUAGUCAUCUCUUCCAGAGGGCAUGUAAGUAUGCCAUGAAAUACUGUAGAUUUACUUGAACUUUCAGUGUUUGAUGUUGGAUAAAACUCAACUAGGAACCACUAUUAACGUCACAAAUAAUUUAAACUUUGAAGCUCAUCUAGCAUGCACGCAGCACACUCGUCUACAUAUUAUGAAGUUUAAAGGAAAAAACAAUUUAGUUUUACUUCUUACUUUAAGUUCCUUGGAAUAUCUGAAAUUAGUGCAUACUUUGGACUUUGUUUUUGUUUUGUUUUUUUUGUUUUUUUCAGUGCAAGUCUUAUUUCAUUUAUAAAUUACUGUGCAUAGCAAUUAACGAUCAAUAAAUUAUAUGCAAAGUAUAGGAUUUGAAGAGAUAUGAGAGCAUAUCCAUUGGUGUUAGCUAUGGUUACUUCUCAUAUUUAUUGAAGUUUAUAACUUGAAAAUCAUGCAUGUCUCUUGACUUCAUUUUCUUGGUUUGUCGGUUGAUCCACUUCAAAAGGAUUUGAGUGCGCAUUCAAUCCCAUACCACAUCCCACCUCCAGUUGUAGGAAACAUUUACAAAUUGAUCAGUGCUUUCGAUGCAACUUUCUAGAUUCUAGUUCCAAAUCCCAUUAUCCUAUGUUCAAUUCCUUGUCAGUUUUUUUAACUUAAAAGAAAAGAAAAGAAAAAAAAAAUCCUGUUUUGCUACAAUGUCAUACCAUGUCAAAUGAUUUUCUUUUGAUAUUGAUUCUUUUUUCUAGCCCAACUGUAAUCAGUAACUGUGAUUUCGAGUUUGUUAAGUGGAAAAUUUAUAAUUUAAGUUGGAUAGGUAAAUUGGUCGUUAGUGCUUAGUAGCACUAUGUCUUCUUUUCUUUUGGGCUGGUGUGGUUGAUUGAAUCAUCUGUAUGAUGUAAAAGGAAUUCUGCAGAUAUAAGCCAUCUGUUAUUGAACAGGUUAUUUCCUUUGUAUAUUGUCCACCAUUUACCUUCUCUACCCAGUAAAUUCUGAUCUUGCUCAUGGAUAAACUUGUUCACCAGUUCACCCUUUUUUGUUUUUGAUGAAAAAGCAGUUACACCUUAAGAUUGAAUCAUGACUCAUUUUGUAUUGGACUAGUAGACAUUGAUGGUGAAAUCCACAUCAUUUAGAUUUAUGAUCUCAAAAGUUAAAACUCACCUACCUAAGAAGCCAAAAAAUAGAUGAGAUUAAGCCAUUUAGAGAGGACUGAUUCAAUGUGUUAUUAUCAGUCCUUUUCUUCUUCAUCGUUGAGCCACUUAGAUCAUUAUUUAAACAACCUAAAAUUAACCUAGAAAGGUUUGCACACCUUUCUAAUGAUAGUUAUAUUAGGUGGAUUUUGCUUUUUCUUCAUUUUCAUAGUGCAGUCUAACCACAGAUUAAGCAUCUCAUACUUUGAAUCUCAUUUUGUAUUGGAUUACCAUAGUGGAAUCCAGAUCAUUUAGAGCUAUGAUCUCUUCAAAGUUAAAACUCACCUACCUAAGAAGCCAAAAAUAGAUGUUGAGCCAUUUCGAGAGGAUUGAUUCAAUGCGUUGUUAUCAGUCCUUUUCCUGUACAUCUUUGAGCAACUCAGACCAUUAUCUAAACAACCUAGAAUAACAUAGAAGGGUUUGCACACCUUUCUAAUAAUAGUUAUAUUAGGUGGAUUUUGCUCAAUUUUUCUUCUCUGGUUUCUUCUCCAAAUUUCUGCAGUGUAACCACAGAAGAAUACUCCUAGUGUAAGUCAAGAGAACACUUGCCUCUCAACCCCCUCUAUAUAUUCUCCCAAGCCCCAGUUUUCCUUCCAUACAACAAAAACAAGAAAAGAAAUAUUAUGGCCAAGCCCCAGUUCCUCCUCCUCCUUCUCCUCGUACUCCUCCUCAACUGCAACCUAACAUCCCCCUCAGUCUUCAAGAUACACUCAUCUGGUCACCAAAAGCUCUCUACUGAUUCCACCACCAUCCCUCAGCCCCCACCAGCAAAGUUACUCAUUACUCAGUCACGAGACCUAUAUUUCGUAGUUGAAAUCAACAUAGGCAUACCCACCCAGAAUUUCUUCAAUCUGGCCCUUGAUAUAAAAAAUCCAUUCACCUGGGUUGGCACCUCCAAGCCAAACAUCUCGCAUUCGUUCCUGGCCAUGCCAGGAAAGGACCCGCUGUGCCUGCCGCCUCUGUUCGCCUCUGCCACAUCCUGCGCAUAUGACUUCGGUUAUGCUCGUGGGAUUUUUGGGUUUGAUUAUUUCUUGGGCAUAGAAUCUCAGACCAAGGCUCCCUUUGGCUGGGGGAUUUUUACAGACGAACGGGAGGAGGGUGUGCUACGUAGUACUAGAGAUGCAGAUGGCAUCUUAGGGUUGGGAGUAGGGCACCCAGCCAACUUGUUAGAGGGGCUGGGGGCGGCAACUCUUGGCCAAUUCUCUUACUGUUUGCCAAUGAACUUUAUGAUUGAAGAAAGCUUCUUGCAGAUCACUAACAGUACUGACCCGCAACACCACCCUGCGACUUUAAACUUUGGAGAAAAUGCAGCUAUCAGGGGUCAUCGCGCUGUGAAAACCCCCAUUGUGAGGCUGAAGGGGUUGGCGCCCACCAGGGAUUUUUCAUAUUUGAAUCUGACAGGGAUCUAUGUGAACCACCAUAGGCUGCAUAUUAAUACACAAGUCUUUCAUCCCUCCCAGGGAGGAUUCAUUGUGGACACAGCAUCGCCUUACACUUUACUCCCAGAGGAGGCCUACAAGGAAUUGAGACGAGCGAUCCACAAUUUUUUUUCUGAACAGUAUCCUGGUCUGGAGCCAUUGAAGGACCCAAAAUCAGGGUUUGAUAUGUGCUUGCCCACAUCGCCGCUGGUGCUACGAAGGCCUUCAAUCCAGCUCAUGUUUGAAGGUGGAGCCAAGCUCGUGCUAAACCCAGCGACAACUUUCCAUGAGUUUGAGGACCUCAACGAGUUCUGCCUUCUCAUACUACCACGCCCUUCUUUCCAUGAUGGUGGUUCUGCUCCCAGUGUCUUGGGUGUUCUCCAGCAAGUCGGACACAGGUUCCACUUUGACAUUCACGCUUCAAUUCUGGCUUUUGCUCCCGAACUUUGUUACACUGCUGCAUGAGGCUCAGCAGUCUCAAGUAGAUAUUAUGG